UCGAUAAACUCAGAGCCCAAUUAACAAAGGUUCAGUACUGAGCACGUUAAUGGCGAUUCCUCAAAAAGUAAAGAACAAAUCGACAAUGGUGAUAUGAUCCGAAGCGUGACGGAGGUCGGAAGAAUGACCGGAGGAGCUCUACCGGAAUGUAUAUUUUGCCAAAUUGCUACCUCUUCAACUUCAACCACUCUCCUUCACUACGAUGAUAAAGUUGUUGCAUUUCGAGAUAUUAAUCCCUCUGCCUUCAGGCAUUAUUUGGUAAUUCCAAAAGAGCACAUUCCAACUGUCAAAAACCUGCAGAGAAGGCCAGAAGAUUUCUCCUUGGUGAGUCACAUGUUAGAUGUGGGGAAGAGCCUGCUACAUAGGGAUGCACCUCAGUCAAAGCAUUACAGAUUUGGUUUCCAUCACCCCCCAUUUAAUAGUGUUGAUCACCUCCACCUUCACUGCUUCGCACUUCCUUAUACUCCAAGCUGGAGGUUUAUGAAGUACUUAUCAUUGGGGCCACUUGGUGGAUUUAUUGAAGUUGAAAAGCUAUUGGAGAGAAUAAAGCCACAAAUUAUUCAUCCCUCAUCAAUGUAAUCGUCUGUGAAUUUGAGGUUUCUAAUUAUUGGUAAAGUGUAAGUAAUCUGCUAAUUAUUAUUCAUUAAUAUAGACUGUGUAAAAUCUGGACGUUCUGUCAUUAACCUUGUAAUUGAUCGUGUUAUGGAACCUGAUUAUUCAAUCUAAUUUCUUGAUUGAAAAUUCAAUUGGACAUGAGAAUUUCUUAGAAAUCCUCAUUUGUUUUCGUU